CAAUUUCAUUCCAAAGUGGCUAAGGUUUUGUACCGCAUUAUCACCUUUUAACAAAGUAAUAAACUCCUUCGAAUCAACUCACACAUCAACCAUUCCGCUAUUGGUUACCCCUUUCUCCGGUUUUGGGCAAAUUCGCCGACGUUGAAGUUUCCGAUCGCCGACUCCGAUUCAUGCGACAAUGAAGCUUUCGUUUUCUCUCUCUUCAAAGCCAUCUUCAAACCUAAAAAAGCAGCCGCCGUCUUCUUCUCAGACCUUCCCCUCCAGCGAUGAUCCCCGCAACAACUCCACCACCCCCACUGAUAAAGAGUACGUCACUGAAUUCGACCCAUCCAAACCUCCGGCGAGUUCCACCAAAGACGCACUCAUAAUACCUCCAAAACCUAACGAAUGGCGCCCUAUCAAACGGAUGAAAAAUCUUGAACUCCCUCUCCAACCCGCUUCCGCCGAUCAACCGCUCCAAUUCGAACUUGACACUGGCGGCACUGCUGUCGAUCCGUCGUCAGAUUCCAUCUCUUACGGCCUCAAUCUCCGCCAAUCCGAAAACCCUAACCCUAACCCUAACCCCAGCCAAAUGAUUGAUCCAAUGGCGCGUCAGUUUAAAGAAGAUAUGAAGAGGUUACCAGAUCACAACGGGAUAGAUGAAUUUACUGAUAUGCCGGUGGAGGAGUUUGGGGCUGCUUUGUUAAAAGGUUAUGGGUGGGUUGAAGGUAGAGGGAUAGGUAGGAAUGCUAAAGAAGAUGUUAAAGCUGUUGAGUAUAAAAGGUGGACAGCAAAAGAAGGCAUUGGAUUCACACCUGAAAUACCAGAACCAAAACAAAGUAGUAAGAAGGAUGAAGGAGGUGUUAAGGGAGAUCAUAGUGAUGUUAAUGGUGGGAAGAAAGAUAGGGAAAAGGGAGGGAAAAGAAUAUACGUAGGGAAGGAAGUGAGGGUAGUGAGAGGAAAAGAUAUGGGAAUGAAAGGAAGAGUUUUGGAGGUGAAAAGCGAUGGGGAUUUAGUAAUUUUAAAGCUUGCGAAACGAGACGAAGAGGUGAAACUUCAGGCACGGGACGUGGCUGAAUUGGGUUCAGUGGAAGAGGAGAGGUGUUUGAAAAAGUUGAAAGAAUUGAAGGUUAGAGGAGAAAAGAGUUAUAGUAAUGAUGGGGUUAGAAAGCAGUCUUUUGAUGGUAGAGGUAGAGAUGAAGCAACAACGGAGCGGAAAAAGGACAGCAGAAGAAGUAGAGAUGAAAGGAGUGAUAAAGUAUCUUGGCUUGCUAGUCACAUUAGAGUUAGGAUUAUAAGUAGGGAUUUGAAAAGGGGAAGGUUGCAUCUACAGAAAGGGGAAAUUAUGGAUGUGGUAGGGCCGACGACUUGUGAUAUAUGUUUGGAUGAAACUAGGGAGUUGAUACAAAGUGUGGAUCAGGACUUGCUUGAGACAGCUCUGCCAAAGCGUGGUGGUCCCGUUCUGGUUCUGUAUGGUAGGCACAAAGGUGUUUAUGGACACUUGGUUGAGAAGGAUAGUGAGAAUGAGACUGCAACUGUCCGAGAUGGUGAUACGAAGGAGUUACUCAAAGUGCGACUUGAACAAAUUGCUGAGUAUACUGGAGACCCGAGCUAUAUUGGUUAUUGAUCCAGUCCUUGUGAGUAGAAUUUGGCAUUGGCAUGAUUAGGAGUUACUAUUCAAACCAACGGAAAUGCUGGAUCAUUGUUAAUGAAGGGGUGCGCAAGAAGUCAUAGUCGCCGAAGAGGACUCCCAUGUUUGCUAAUACUCGAUAUGUUUUAACUCAUGUUCAUUGUACAUUUGUUGAAAACCCAUUGAUAAACCCUUGAAUUUCUUAACACAGAAUUUUGUGGUGCGCGAGAUGUCAUAGUUGCCAAAGACGAGUCCCAUGUUGCGCAAGAAGUCAGUCGCUGAAGAGGACUUCCAUAUGGCUUAUACUCCAUAUAUUUUAGCUCAUCUUCAUUGUACAUUUGUUGAAAAUCCUUAGAGACCUUGAGUUUCUUAACUCUGAAUUUCAAAUUGAUAUGAGGCUUUUAAUUUGUAUUGCUCAAGUGUUACAGUGAGAUAACGUGCUCUUGUUACGGAGAA